AUGAAUGCUAAAGCUGUUUUACUAAUAAACUUGAAUAUAAUCAUACUGAUUUCAAUAUGCUCGGACCAUUGGGUCUUAGUAAAGGUUAGGCAGAUAGAACCUCCAUCGCAUUGCUCCAUAGUUUCUCAUGUGGAAAUGUCUUGGUUACAUUGUCCCAACCAAACUUACGCUUUAGUAGAACAACAUGCAAGCCUCUUUCGACAGUGCUCUGAUCUUACAGAAGGAUAUCGACGGAAUGUUUCCAAAGAUGGACGUUUGUACGGAGACUCGUGUAGUUGGUUUAUAUUUGAUCCAAACGAAACCUGGAGAUUGGUUGAUACAAAUUGGGGAAUAGAUAUUUUCAACGCUCUCUUCGCCACAACAAGCAUAUUGCUGAAUCUCGCUGCUCUGCAACAACAUACGCUUAAGAAUAUUUCGAGAUUUCUAAUGGGGGCGUUGAUUAGUCUUCUGAUUUCAAUCAUUGUAACAUUCUAUACCAUACAUCUUACAAACACAAGAAAACCAUUGAACGAGGGACAGUAUAUGUAUUAUGCAGAAGCAGGUUGGAGCAUUAUAUGUGCUUGUGUGGCUCUUGCUCUACUUGGAAUAGCAGUGUACGUUCAUGUCACACAGCAUCGAGUGAUGAUGGAGAGACGAAGGAGUCAGAGAAGAAGAAGGCAAAUUCACAACGCUAUCAUGUCUUCAUGUAAACAAGAAAUAGCUUUAGCAAUACGAGCAAGAAUGACUGUUUUAUAA